UCGCAGGAAGUUUGGCCUUUCCGCAGUCCGUAGACCUAGCCGAGCUUCCUUAGCAACCGGCGGGACGGGAGGUGUCGCUGUGACUAGUAGCUGCACAACCCCGGCGUCUGGCGGACCUGUAGGUCGACUGCUGACGCUCCCAUCAACUCCACCUACGCUUCUCACGCCGGUGGAGUACCGGAGUCGACAGGAGAGUGCUUGGCGGUCGAUUUAUCGCAUCUUCACUAGACGCAAUAGAUCGACCUCCACUGGAUCGAUCGCUCUGGAGUGGUAAAAAGACUGAAGUCUUCUUGGGAGUCACUCUAGCAGAGUGGUAAAGGACAACAAUGCAGGAAACAAAGAGAUGUGGAGGAAUUUAUGAUAAAAGAAUGUCAUCAGGUUUCCAAAUAAAACCAAAGACUGCAAUACAGAAAAACAAGACAUCUUCAUCUCCGUCAUCUAGUUCUCUAGACCUUGCGAUUAAGCCACAACCAAGGCCUAGUGAUAAACUUAACCCCCAAACUAUUGAUCCGGGCUCCUGGUUCAUUCAGUGCACAGAAUUUACAGCGUCACUGAGCGAACAGUUUGGGGAUCAUUCAAAAGCUCCUUCUGCAUUUUCUGCCAUUUAUUCUAAAGGUGGUAUACCUUGCAGGUUGGUUCAUGGCUCAGUAAAACACAAAUUACAGUGGGAAUGUCUUCCUGAAACUCUUCCAUUUGAUCCUCUUCUUAUUACUUUAGCUGAGGGUCUAAGAGAGACAAAACACCCAUAUACAUUUGUAUCAAAGGAGGGCUUUAAGGAAUUACUCUUGGUUGAAGAUGCUACUGAAAAAGCAAUUCCCUUGUUGCCUCGUCUGAUUCCAGUGUUAAAGGCUGCUCUGGCCCAUUCAAAUGGUGAAGUAUUUGAAAGAGGAUUGAAUGCUUUGAUACAGCUGAGUGCCAUUGUUGGCCCUGCUCUUAAUGAUCAGCUAAAACACCUACUCACAAGUAUUUCAAAGAGGUUAAUGGACAAAAAUUUCAAAGAGCAGAUCACUGUUGCGUUACAAAAGCUAGAGCAGUAUGGUGGAAAGGAGAGCGUAGGUAUCAUCAAAUCUAAAAUUCCAACCUAUUGUUCCAUCUCCUCUUGAACGAGAGACUCAUCUAGUCAUUUACACUGCAUGGUGUGGUUGUGGGCAUCAAAAGCUGACUGUGGAUGCUGUUGGAAUUUCCUUAUGGUACAAUUUAUUCUAAUAAAACUAACCACAAACAUUCUGUAAUCUGGUCUGGGAGAAAAAUGAAGGUUAAGUGAAUUGUGUCCAUAAUAUCUUGUAAUUAUGGCAAACAGUUAUAUCAUUUUUAUUAUAUAAAUCUGUUUGUGUAUCCAGUCUUAUAUUACAGUUACAGUCAACAAUUGGUUAUCUACCAUUAAUUGUUUCAGCUGUAAACAAAGUAAAUGUUAAUUCAUUUUUGCUGUACAUUCUUAUUUCCUUAAAUAAUUCUGCCACACUUACUGUGUUUAUCAGAUGUUACAUAAAAGGUAGAAUUUGAUUGUAAUUAUUAAUUAAGCAGUAACUAACUCCCUGCUAAAGUGCAUAUACAUAUUUAUUUUACAUAGGUAAAACUUGCAAUGAUUUCUUUCCAUGAUGAGUGUUACAGAGAUGAAAAUGUGAGUUUUAUGUUACAAAAGAACUGAUUUAAAACUAGUUGUACAGUGUUGCUCCAGUAGUGUAAAUAGUGUAAAAUAAUCAGGUGUUGGUAUUGGAAUACUGUUUUCAUAUUCCAUCCCAGUAACCCUUUAUUUUGAAAACUGUCACAUUGGGAACUUAAAUCUUAGCACAGUACUGAAUUAACAGUUUCAUACUUAAUUCAGAUGUAUCUGUUGAAACAGUAAAUCCAUUUGGUUAAAGAAAUGCCUGUAGUCUAGUAUUUUUUAAAAAAACAAAAACAUUCUGCUUGUUUUUCUUUCUUGUAUUUUAUUUUUAUAUAUAGAAUUUUUUCAUUUAUUUUUUGUACAAAAUGUGCACAUUUAGUUUAUGCAAACACACUACAGCAAAUUUCAGGUGUACAUGUAUUGUACUACUCUUAUUCCUACACUGGUGAUAGCAGAGCAGCCUUCAGCAUUCCAUCUCUACACCAGAAUAGAUACCUGAUUUUAUUUUUGCAAAAUAAUGGUUGCAGCAUUCUUUCUAGCCUCUUCACAUCUUUUGUGCAGAAAUGUCACAAUAAAGAUUGGCAUAUCUUCAGUAGCAUUUCAAAAUAUUGGCCUGGAAUCACUGAAAACAAUAGUAUAGUAAUUUUUAUUAAUUAAUUGUGAUGGGGGAAAGAUAAUCCAUUUUAAUCUUUCAAGUGUGUGUACUUAUGUUUUUCUAGGUCCAGAAUUAAAGCUGUUACUACUUUGGUAGAAUUAAUGUUCCUCAAAAAUGUAAUAGUAGUACUGCUUAUAAACAACACUGGGAAUA